AUGUUUUCUCAAGGAGAGGAGACGAAAAUUUACUUUCCCGAGUUUAUGCUGAAUGGUUCUGGCUGCUACAACAUCGCCGAAGGAGAUUCCUUGGGUCUGAAUUACAUGAAUAAUCUAAGAAAACAAUUUUUAAAUUUUAAGAGCCUUCAAAAGAAUCAUGUGGACGAUGCGAAGGUUGAUUGUCAGAAGAGUGUGGGAUGCGGAGUGCAUGCAGUUGGUGUCGGAAACCCAAGUGGGAAUGACAGUGGCCACGGAAAUAUGAAUAGAUAUAAGAGUGGGGAGGUUAGCGGAGAGGUCACCCAGGAGGUUUCCGGUAUGAUGAACGGAAAAGGUAUCGUAGAACGUAUGUCGCAGAGCAAUGGAGAAACCCCCGAGGAAGGAACUGCAGGCCCCAGAGGCAAACAGGACAGAGGAGAGUUAGCCAUCGGAUUGGAGAACAAAAGCUCCAUGAACCCCGACGUGUACUACAAGAAGGAAAAAUCGGGCAACAAAAGUGCCAACCCUCCAGUGAAAGCAGAGAAGAGGGACCGCACUCCCAGCGACUACCUUAACAUGAAGAAGAGCAAACUGAUUAACAACUUAAAUUUUUUCAUGCGCGUCUGUUGCAACAAGAACUCAUAUAUAAAAUUCAUUAAUCACUACUUUAACAUAAUUUAUUGCAACAACAUCAGCCUACUAUUUAUGUAUGAGGGUAUUUUGCAAAAGUUCGAUGAGCGGAAUGAAAUGAAUUUAACGGAGAAUGAUUAUUACAAUGGGUAUGUGAAACUGAACCAGGUGCCUAUAGUGAUAUAUGGAAAUGGGGGUAGUGUGAGUGAAAGGAAUGGAGCGGACGGGAGAAGUGGAGAUAACGGUGUAGGGGAUAACGAUGUAGGAGAUAACGGUGUAGGAGAUAACGGUGUAGGAGAUAAAGGUGUAGGGGGUAUCGGGACAAGCGACGUUUGUCCAAACGGAAGAAGUUCUGGAACCCCCCUGAGCGAAAUAAAAAUAGACAUGGACACGAAUCAAGAGCGCCUGAGAAACAAUUCUAACCUCGAAAGCAGCGUAUUGAAUUUCAUUAACAUUUACGAUAAUUUGACAGUCAACUUUUUCAAUCAUAUAUUCACUAAAAUUAACAACAAGGAAAUGAACAUACAUAAUUCGAACAUAGACCUUAUCAUACAUAAUUUUCUGCACAAGAAGCAUCUGCUAAAGGAAAAUAUUUUUAAUUUGUUACUAAACAUUAGUAAGUCUUAUGAAAUGAAAUAUAGUAGUAUUCUUGCAGAGAUAAAAAAUGACGAACACGUGAAGGAGAGAAAUGAGAAAAUAAUUUUCGAAAUGUUGAAGGACAAGGUGGAGGGGCGCUUCGGCGGUUAUAGAAGUAAGGGUCAAACCCCUUGGGCAGUGCAUUCUUCUGUGCGCGGCGAUGAGAGUAACGGUUUGUAUGGCGCGCUACAUGGAGAUCAUCUCGAUGUGUACCACGGAGCGGAGUACAAUUCCCAGAAUUUCUCCUCGUACGGUUCUUGCCAAAUAGGACUGACUCAUCCUUAUGAUCACAUGCAAGAGGGACAAACAAAAAGAGGAAUCGAGGGAGAUGCUGACAGCAUGGCCAAUUGGGGGAAUCCCGAAAUGCAUGAGUCAUCCCAUGGUGAGGUAAACGAGUUAGUAAAUAAAAACAAAGAAAGUGAAACAUCUGAUAUUUUUUGCGAAAUAAAAGAUUCAAAUAUGAACAAUAGCAAUUUUAACAACAUGAUUAGCAACAACACGGAUGCAACUACGACUACGGUAGGAAGUGGCACGUCUACAUCAACGGGGUGCACCACUGAGAAUGUGUACAGUCGUGGGGUGGAAAUGGCGUUAGAGGAGGGGGGUGCUCAUGUGGAGAACGCGAUUACCUCCACCAGUUCGGCCUACGAAUUUGGGGAGAACUGCACCCAAUGUGGGGGUACCAUGAAUAGCGGCGUUACGAUUAGCGGAAAGUGUGGCAACUCCUCCAACUGUGUGAACUUGCAUCCGAACGGAGAACAUACCAUGAUGCAAGACAUGAAAGAGAUGCUGAAUAAGGAAAUCGAAUCGUACGAAGGAUACUGUACCAAAGGAAUGGAGGAGGAAGCAGAUGAGCAAGUAAAGGGAAAAAAUGAAAACAUAGUAGAGAACAUUUACACGUUUUUAAAAAAUAAUGCAUUCAUUCCGAGAAAGAAUAUAUACACAGACUAUAUGGAAAACGGGAAUGAUAUUUUUUUUAGCAAAAUAAAAAAGAGCGAUAAAGCUACCUACUUUAGGCUGAUAGAAAGAUUCGACCGCAUGUACAAUUUUAUAAAUGAAUUCAGAAGUAACUAUUCGACCAAUGACAUGAGUGAAGAGAGGGCCACUCAAGAAAUCAGCGAACCAUUUCCAAGGUACAGAAAGAGAAGAUGUAGCCACGAUGAGGAUGAAUCAAGAAACGCAAGUCACACCAAGAGAUGCUUGCGGAAUUACAACAGUAAGAAGAAUCGACCGAUUAAAAGGAGCAAGAGGAUUAUAAAGAAGGCCGAAAUGUCUAGACUUAAAAAAAUGAAGUAG